AUGCUUCCGAUUCCGAACUUUCCGUGGUUGGCCGCUGCUGCUGCCGCGAACGCUGCGUUCCCGUGGAGGCCACCGAUGGCCCCGAAUGGAUGGCAUCACAUUUUGGCAGCCAAUAUGAUGGAUAUCAAGAAGGAGGUCAGUCACUGAAAUUUCUUCGAUAAAACAAGUUUGGGAAAGUUUGAUAGUUCGAAGCAUUUAUGCUUAUCUGAACAAGAGUUGAACUUAGAAGUUCGAAUGAUUUGUCGUUUUCGUAGCCCCUCUCCCAUUUGCCACGUCACCACCUCCACCCAUCUGCCCCCACUUCCUCCAGCUUCUUUUAUUCGCCCUAAUCUGUCCAAUUCGCCGUCUCAAUCCCGUCCCGACCGCGCGUCCUUCUCUUCGUCACUCUUGGUCCCCUUCGGUUGAUAGCUCUGCCUCUCGUGACAGGGCUAUAACUCAUCCGAACCCGUCAAAUGUUAAUAAAACGGAAAACCCGAGCGGGAAAGCGGGAUGAGCGGGGAUCCUUGGCGCGAAUUAUUCGCGAGAUAAUGAUCAUAAAAUGAUGAGUCGGAGGGUGCGAUUACUGCCUCCGCAGGGGGUGCCUUCUGCCGUCCGAGCACAUGUCCGUCACCGGCAACCUGUCAUUUCGACACGAAAACCGCCGACGUAAUUAUAUGUACAACAAGAUCAAACAAGAGUUAUUAUGAGCGACAAGUUCGUCGCCAGAGCAGUAGCUACAGUAAUCCUUUGCAGAACCACGACGGCUCUUCUCCGCUCUCCGGAACUGCGCUCGACGCAUCGGCGGACGGAACCGACUGUGUCGUCUGCGGGGACAAGUCCAGUGGAAAACAUUAUGGACAGUUUAGUUGCGAAGGAUGCAAAAGCUUUUUUAAGAGGUAA